AUGUCUGAAGUUACUUUAGGUAGAUAUCUUUUCGAAAGAUUACAUCAAUUAGAAGUCAACACCAUCUUUGGUUUACCAGGUGAUUUCAACUUAUCCCUUUUAGACAAGAUUUAUGAAGUCCCAGACAUGAGAUGGGCCGGUAAUGCCAAUGAAUUAAAUGCCGCUUAUGCUGCUGAUGGUUAUUCUCGUAUCAAGAGAUUAGCUUGUUUAGUCACCACUUUUGGUGUUGGUGAAUUAUCCGCUUUGAAUGGGGUUGGUGGUGCUUAUGCUGAACAUGUUGGUUUAUUACAUGUUGUUGGUGUUCCAUCAAUUGCUUCUCAAGCUAAACAAUUAUUAUUACAUCAUACUUUAGGUAACGGUGAUUUCACUGUUUUCCACAGAAUGUCAAACAACAUUUCUCAAACUACUGCUUUUAUUAGUGAUAUUCAUAGUGCUCCUGGUGAAAUUGACAGAUGUAUUAGAGAUGCUUAUGUUUAUCAACGUCCAGUUUAUAUUGGAUUACCUGCUAACUUGGUUGAUUUGAAAGUUCCAGCUUCCCUUUUGGAUACCCCAUUGGAUUUAAGUUUAAGACCAAAUGAUCCAGAAGCUCAAGAUGAAGUUAUUGAAAAUGUCCAAAAAUUGAUUUCUGAAGCUACUAACCCAAUCAUCUUAGUUGAUGCUUGUGCUUCAAGACAUGAUUGUAAGAAGGAAGUUGAACAAUUAGUUGACUUAACUAACUUCCCAGUCUUUACUACCCCAAUGGGUAAAUCCGGUGUCAAUGAAUCUCAUCCAAGAUUCGGUGGUGUUUAUGUUGGUACCUUAUCUCAUCCUGAAGUUAAACAAGCAGUUGAAGAAUCCGAUUUAGUCCUUUCCAUUGGUGCUCUUUUAUCUGAUUUCAACACUGGUUCAUUCUCUUAUUCAUACAAGACCAAAAACAUUGUUGAAUUCCAUUCCGAUUAUACCAAGAUUAGACAAGCAACUUUCCCAGGUGUUCAAAUGAAAGAAGCUUUACAAGUCUUAUUAAAAUCCGUUCAAUCCCAUAUCAGUCCAUCUUUUGUUCCUGGUCCAGUGCCAAAGGUUAAAUUAAUCAAUACUCCAGCUCCUGCUCAUACUCCAUUAACUCAAGAAUACUUAUGGACUAAGGUUUCUUCAUGGUUUAGAGAAGGUGAUAUUAUCGUUACCGAAACUGGUACUUCUGCUUUUGGUAUUGUUCAAUCCAGAUUCCCAAAUAACACCAUUGGUAUUUCUCAAGUUUUGUGGGGUUCAAUUGGUUUCACUACUGGUGCUACUGUUGGUGCUGCCAUGGCUGCUCAAGAAAUCGAUCCAAAUAAGAGAGUUAUUUUGUUUAUUGGUGAUGGUUCAUUACAAUUAACUGUUCAAGAAAUUUCCACCUUAUGUAAAUGGGAAUGUAACAAUACUUAUUUGUUUGUAUUGAACAAUGAUGGUUAUACUAUUGAAAGAUUGAUUCAUGGUAUGAAUGCUACUUAUAAUGAUAUCCAACCUUGGAACAAUUUAGAUUUAUUACCUUUGUUUAAUGCGAAAGAAUAUGAAACUUUAAGAAUUUCUACUGUCGGUGAAUUGAACAAGUUGUUUACUGAUAAGAAAUUUUCUACUCCAAAUAAAUUAAGAAUGAUUGAAGUUAUGUUACCAAGAAUGGAUGCUCCUGCUAAUUUGGUUGCUCAAGCCAAGAUUUCUGAAGCUACUAAUGCUGAAAAUUAG